GUGCCACCAGCCAAGUAUUAUAGGCUAUAGGGUUAGUCUUACAAAAAUGCCUAAACGUAGCCUACGGCUCCUCCAGACUAAAGGCUACUGCGGAGCGUCAGACCUGCUAUUAGCCUAUUCCUGUUGUAUUGUUUUUAACGUGGUUGUGGUUCUUGUAAGUUCACAGUGGAGUACAUUGAACAUGUCUGACAAAAAUAGACAGCAUGCUAGACAUUUUUUUUGAACGCGUCUUUAAACGAAUUGCCUUGAUUGAAUCGUGUUUAUGUUUGUUUUUUUUAAAAGCCCCGUAACACUAGAUGUUAAUGAAGAUAGGUCGACUGUGUGGUAGCCCUAGAGCACAUAGUCCAUAUUCAUUCAUUUGGCUUCAUAUUUCACUGACAUUAGACUGUUAAGUGUCUUUUCAAUGAGCCUACCUGUAAGGUGACUUGAGCUUGAACUCUGGUCACCAUACCAAAAGAACACUGGAAGUUUUCAAUCUUCAAGAAGCGCUCAGCUGCAGUUUCUGUCUAAAUAGGCUAAAUGAAAAGUAGAUUUCAAUUCAGGCCUAUACAACAUUUAACACAGGGAGAAUCAUAAAAGAGAACACGCAUAAAAUCUCGCAUAUCGUAAAAAUGUGUUCGUUCGACUUCCAGCAGUGACAAUUCAUAAUAGGGUUGGCGUUUCAAUAUUACAGCCACGGACUUGGAUAAAAAAAAUCAGCGUUAUGUUCCUGACAAUUAGGAUGAAUUGGGAUGAAUUAGGAUUAAUUGAUAAAAAAAAAAAAAACGAUCUGGUGAAUUUAUGACAGAUUAGUGUGAUAAGAAAUUGUAGUCUAAGCUAGGCUUUGGGGGAUUUUUGCGAUACGAAUGCGAAGAGUAAUUUCUUCGAUGAUGACAGUGCUCGCUACAUCAAAGAGCGCCGUCUCCCUCAAAUAAUCACCACCCUACAGCCCCUCUCCUUCCUGGCCACCCUAUGAUCGUUCCAUUUCAUCUGCGUGCGCUGUGCUGAGGAGGUGGAAAGAUCCAGAGUGCGAGAGCGCCAAGAAGGGGGAGUGUCUCCGCGAGUGCAGCGAAACACAAACCAGGGCACCACGCGGCACCUGUUCAAACCAACUAGCGCGACUCGGGAGCGGCGGUCCCACAUCUCUGACCUCUAUCAUUUUCCCAUUGAUUUCCGAAGUGGAUAGAGAUCACCCAGAGAAUCGCUGUUACCCCGAAUCCUCGUCCGACGUCUCGGCUGGGAGGCUCUACAAAUCCAGCGGCUGCAGAGUGAGAAGACUGAAGUUGUAUAUGAGAAGAAAGGUGUCCAGUGAGUACUUUGGAGGAGGAAGAGCAGGGGUAGGAUGCAAUCAGCGCAUCCAAGCCGGGGUGCCAGCCAGGUGAGGAAGACACUGAGGACAAGGGGCCUCCCUGGCCCUGGAACUCCCCAGCCGGUGCCCCCACCACCGCCGCCAACCAAUCCCAGGCCGGUGCCCAGCGCCUCUCCUGCUCCGCCUUGCUCCGCAAGGUAGCAGCAGACACGCCCUCCAGCACCCCAUCCGCCGCCCCGGCGUCUGGUGGUGUUAACAUGGCGUUCACUCUGUCGGAGAUCAUGGCGGCCCGCAGGCAGCAACAGCAGCAGCAGCAGCGGAGCGGAGCGGCGCGUGGGGCGGUGGAGGUGGACGAGUACAGUUCCAACCCCACCCAGGCCUUCACCUUCUACAACAUCAACCAGGGCCGCUUCCAGCCACCGCACGUCCACAUGGUGGAUCCUUUGCCACAUGACGCCCCCAAGCCGCCCGGUUACACGCGGUUUGUGUGCAUCUCAGACACCCACUCGCGCACGGACGCCAUCCACAUGCCAUACGGUGACGUUUUCAUCCAUGCCGGAGACUUCACUGAGCUUGGCCUGCCCAGCGAGGUCAAGAAGUUCAAUGACUGGCUUGGCACUCUUCCCUAUGACAUAAAGAUUGUGAUCGCCGGCAACCACGAGCUGACCUUUGACCAGGAGUUCAUGGCCGACCUGAUCAAGCAGGAUUUCUACUACUUCCCGUCGGCGUCCAAGCUGAAGCCGGAGAACUACGAGAAUGUGCAGUCGCUCCUCACCAACUGCAUCUACCUGCAGGACUCCGAGGUCACCGUCAGGGGCUUCCACAUCUACGGCUCCCCCUGGCAGCCGUGGUAUUAUGGAUGGGGCUUUAAUCUCCCGAGGGGACAGGCUCUGCUGGACAAAUGGAACCAGAUCCCAGACAACACAGACAUCCUAGUGACACACUGCCCUCCUCUGGGCUUUCUGGACUGGGUGCCCCGGAAGAUGCAGCGCGUGGGCUGCGUGGAGCUGCUCAACACGGUGCAGAGGAGAGUCCAGCCCAAACUGCAUGUCUUCGGACACAUCCACGAGGGUUACGGCAUGAUGACGGACGGCACCAGCACCUACAUCAACGCCUCCGCCUGCACCGUCAACUUCCAGCCCAUGAACGCGCCCAUCGUCUUCGACCUGCCCAAUCCCAGGAGCACAUGAUUGGACACUCAGGCCCUCCCUUCCCUCCCCCCCCCCCACUCCCCACCAAUCAGGGUCCUAAUGUAUGGGUGGGUGGGUUUGGUCUUGUACAUAAUAUCCCUGGCUGGAUGGACGCUGUUACCAGGCUCUGUGUCAGCCCCCGCUUUCAUGCCCCCCUUAUUUUGUGUAGUGGAUGUCUGUCCUGAACCCCCUGAACUCUGUCUGGACUGCAGUGGACCGACUCAUAGCGUCACGGCCCCCUGAGAGAGUGGACAGCCAGACCCUCUCAGUACCGAGUUCUGGACUUUUCAUUGCACUUCUAUCGGCCCGACAAUCUGUGCUGUGUGUCUGAGUGUUUUAUGAGUGGGUGUGUGUGUGUCGGUGUGUGUAGGUGUCGGUGUUUGAGUGUAUGUGUGUGUGUGUGUUGGUGUGGGUGUGCGUGGGGUUCUGGGCUCUCUGGCCUGCCGGAACUCGGGGAAUGCAAGACCAUCCUAGCAUCCCUUUCUCUUUUGCCGUCUUGUUUUUCCACUUUCUCGUUUUACUGACUACAGACCGCAUGAAACUAUACCAGUGUCUACGACUCUGGAAAUAUCACAGGUGCAACAAGUGUCCUCCUCUUUUACAUAUCUCUCAGUCACUCUCUUUCUCUCUCUCUCUUUCUCCCUCUCUCUCUCUCUCUCUCUCUCUCUCUCUCUCUCUCCCCAUGUGUCUGUGAUGGGGGCAGAACAGUACUGAAUGUCAAAUAAUACUGAUCCCACCAGAUGAAUGAGCUCAUCUUCUCUCUCCUCUUCUUUCUGCCCUCUUACUCUCCCCGCUCAUGACAUCUUUCUCCCGUUCGGGGUCCAUUCAUUCCUGUCAUUGUUCCUUUAAGUGCUUGACAGGCCUGCAGUACUUUAGAUAACCUGGGACUGGAAGAUGAUGGUGUAACUGUAUGGGCUAGAUAGUUUUUCGCAGGGACUUCUAUGUAAUGUACAGUAACUGUCAAUGUAACUGGAAAAAAAACAGAAAAUACUGCGGUAUGGCUUCAAAUACUUAAAUGUUCUUUUGUCUGUACUUCUUGUGAAUAUAUUUAUAUAGAUUUUCGUCUCUAAAUGAAUGUUUGGUUUGAAACGUAAGUGCAGAGACGUGUGUGUGUGUACAUGAAAAAACGUUUCCCCCAUUUAGAGGUCAUGAACUCUCUCCUCAGAUGUCGGUAGUGUUUGCUCGAGGCAAGCGCCCUCGAGAAUGUACCUCAGAACCCACUAGGAUCCGGCGCAGCCCCCACUGGAGAAUCAAAGGCUCCCUGAUAACAAGAACGCAUCGCACUUUGAUCUGCGUGCCCCCCCCCCUACCCCAACACCACCACCACCACCACCUCAGCCUCCGCAAUAAUUUAUUUAACGUUCCUCCCAGCUAUCAUUUACUCUUGUGUGUGUCUCUUAAUUCUGCUGACUGGGCUCGCGGCUGGCGGGUGGCACGGUGCGGAGGGGUGUGGAGGGGUGAAGAUGGUGGUGUGUGUGUUGAGGGUGCAGAGCAGAUGUGUGAUGGAAUGCCGCGGCCAUGGAUGGCCGAGCUUGUUGGAUGUGUGUGUGUCUGCCUCCUGCUCUUGUAGAGACUCUGGUGGUGGAUCUAGUAGAGGAGAGAUGAGGACAGACUGCCGGCACUGACUGAUGUUGAAAUUUAACAUCACUCGCCAGACAGUUUCAUCAGUGUCUGUGUGUGUGUCUGUGUGUGUGUGUCUCUGUGUGUGUGUGUGUGUGUGCGUGCGUGCGUGCAUGUAUGCAUUACUGUGCUUGUGUGCAUCUUCAGAGAAAGGUUGAAGGCUUUCCUCCGUGAGCCAGAGGGGAAAAAGCCGGAGGAUACAAAAGUGUUAUGAAAGAGAGAGCGUGAGAGGGAAGCGAAAGGAAGUGAGAGGAAGAGAAAGAAGAAAAACAGCAAAAAAAAAAAAGAAGAUAAACUGAUGAUGACAGACUGACAGCUGGGAGUCUUGGUUCUCCUUUUCAUCUUUAAAAAACAGUUUUUGUACGUGUCUUUAUUUGUACGACUGUUUGCCUUCGGUCAAAUGUAGACUUUUUUUCUCUUGCUCUCUUUUAAGUCUCCUGUAUUUUCUGCGCUUGUGUUCUGUGUUCUCCUACUUUUCUUUGAGCAAUUACUGUCGGCGGGUUUGUUGUUGUGUUUUUCCUGGUCAGAUCCUAGGGGCAUGCUGUUCUGAAUUUAAAUAGUUUUUAUUUUCCUUUUUUUUGCUAUUUGUGUGACAAUCUUUUGUGUUUGCGUGCCAUCGACGUCGGAGAUUGACUACUGAAAUGUUUUCAUUCAUUUCCGAUGAAUGAUGUGAGAUAUUUUCUAAAAGCUCUGUAUAUGCGAUGAAGACAAAACAAGUUGCUGUGGUCGGCCUCGGUGGGAGCCGAGGCCAAACAGGAGCUGUAACUUUCUUAAAACUCCACGCAUUCAGUUCUCAGAGAUAUCAUUUACACAAAUUAAAUUAAACCUUAUCCGUACUCCUCGA